AUGCCGCUAUCGAACACUUCAAUAACGGUGUUGAGGCAGCAAAUGGAUGAUAGUAACCAUGAGUUGGUUAAUAUGUUAACUAAUCAAAUGGGUACAGUUUUUAAUCUUGUGAUACAGGAAUCUACUGAAACAAAUAGGCAGGUGGCGAAUCAAUUGACGCGCUUGUGUAAUUUUCUGGGGGCACCGGCUCGACAGAUGGCACAAGUGGUCAGGCAAACCGUUCCUGUUCAAAUGGAGAUAGGGGCAGCAGAAGAUGAGACAGUCCAUGAGGGACAAAUCCUUAGACCCCAACAAAAUCAAGGCGUUGAAUCAGGAGUAGCAGGACGUAACCAGAUGGUGUUGGUUAACCGACACCAAGAUGUUGAUCAAAUUAUCGACCAACAUCGACAAGAAGAGUUAGCAGUAGAAAAUAAUUUGACAACUAUUGUCGACAUGAUUAUGGCUAGGAAUGGUAUGAUUGCCACAUUGCAAAGGCCAUUAUAUGCUUCCCCAUUGGCCGAAUUUAUUCUCCAAACUGAGGCACCUAGGGGAAUGAAAGUGCCUAAGUACACUAAGUUUGGGGGAGAAUCUGGUGAGUCGACAAUAUAA